AUGAUGCAGCAGUACAUUACCCUUGGCAGCAAGUUCACGAGGCCCCCAAAACAGGGGCAAAGGGGGGCCCCCCAUCGUGGGGGGGCCCCCACCAGUACCCUGUUUCUGGGGCCCCGAGGGGGGCCCCCAGCCAAGGGGCCCCCCACCCAGGACCUUCCCCACAAGCUGUCUGCUCAGGGGCCUCCACCUGGGGGGCCCCCAAAGGGGGCCACCCCCAAAGAGCUGCUUGCAGGGGGUCAAGGGGGCCCCUCAUCUCCGCAGUCUCAUGGGGGCCCCCCGUCUAGAGUGUCUCAUAAGGGGGGCUCCCCUAGUGUGUCUUUGGAGGGGCCCCCACCCUUGGGGCCCCGCUCGGUGGGGGCCUCUGAGGGGCCCUUAGCAGCUGCUGCGCAGAAGGCCCCCAAGGAGGCCCCCAAGGGGCCCCCAAGCAGACCCCCUGCCACGGCAGCCUCAAAGGAAACAGUUCAGGGGGCCCCCCAAAAGGCCCUUCCCCAGGGGGGCACCCCUGGGGCCCCCCUGGGGUCCCCCAAACCCAAAGGGUCCCCAGGGGGGCCCUCUGCAAAACUCGCUUCAACAGAAUUAGGAGGGGGGCCCCCUGAGACAGUCAAGGCUGGACCCAUCAAACAAACUUCGGGGGCCCCCAAGGGGGCCCCUAAAGGUGAACCCCCAGGGGCCCCCAAAGGGGCCCCCCAAGUGGCCCCCAAAGGGGAUUCUACAGGGGCCCCCAAUGCUGAACCCUCUGGGGCCCCCAAGGGGCCCCCAGUUGGGUCUUCUUCAGCUUCAAGGGGCCCCCCUAAAGACGAUUUGCUGCCUCCCAGUGUGCCGGGGGGCCCACCCACAGAAGAAACCCCAAAGCGAGGGGGCCCCCCAGGGGCCCCCCCAAGGGGCCCCCUAGGGGGCCCCCCAGGGGCAUCUUUAAGGCAGGAGGUCCCAGCAAGGCCUGCUGCUGCAGUGAUGCUGGAGCCAGAGUGUGGGGCCCCCCAGGCAGCUGCGCCUAAAGGGGCCCCCGUGGCUGUGGGGGGCCCCCGCGAGGAGGUACUUGCUGCAGCAGCUGCUGCAGCAGCUGCUGCAGAUUCCAAACAACUAGGGGGACCCCAGGGGGCCCCCAAGUUGUCUCCCCCGCAGUCAGGGCCAGGGGGCUCCAAGGGCCCCCCCAAAGUGUCUUCUGUGGAAGGGGCAAAAGGGCCCCCCUUACCAGCCAAGAAAACAGACACAAUUCAGAAUAGGGGGGCCCCCAAGGGCCCCCCCCUGUCUACAUCAGGGGCCUCUGCAGGGUCUGAUAAGCCCCGUAUACCACUGGAAGGGGGGCCCCCAAAAGGAGCCCUCAAGGGGGCCCCCCCUACGGAACCAACUCAGGGGGCCCCUAAGGCCCCUUCCGAUGGGACCCGUGAGGGAACCCUCAAGGGGCCCCCCACGGGGGCCCCUAAGGGGCCUUCAACGGGGGCCCCCAAGGGGCCUCCCACGGAGGCCCCCAAGGGGCCCUCUGCAGGGGCCCCCAAGGGUCCCCCCACGGAGGUCCCCAAGGGGCCGCCCACAGGGGGCCCCAAGGGGCCCCCCACGGAGGGUCCCAAGGGGCCCCCCACGGGGGCCCCCAAGGGGGCCUCCACGGGGCCCCCUAAGGCUCCCCACACUUCUGGGUCCUUGAAAGGAGACACCAGUGGAGAAAAGGCCCCCGCAGUGGAGACAGGGGGGCACCCAGGGGGGGCCCCCUUAGGCAAGGGGCCCCCAGCAGCCUCAGGGAAGGGCCCUACGUCUCCCCAAGGGCCCCCUUCGUCCCCUAAGGGGGGCCCCCCCAAAGAGGCAGGUAAAGUGGGGCCCCCAAAGCCUGCUGAGGAGGCCCUUGCUGCACCCCAAACCCUGGAGGGGCCCCCCAGAGACCCCAUGAAGGGUUUAGCUGCCAUUUUCCGUACCCUGAGGCCCAAGGGGCUCUCCCACCAAGGGUCCAGCCAGCCUGCAGCAGCAGCAGAGGGGGUCCCCCCAGGGGGCCCCCGCUCGGGGGGCCCCCCCAUGACUGUCUUUGGGGCCCUCGCG